AUGACCGUUUUUCCGCCAAGCUCGAUUGGAUUCAUCGGCCUCGGGGCCAUGGGAAUGUGGAUGGCAACGAACUUGGCAGAAAAACUCCCGACAAGCACUAAGUUGCACGUUUUCGAUAUUUUACCAGCCCUCCUUGAGGAAUUCUGUACCAAACACCCUCUUAGCGCGGUGCAAGCUUCCAGUCCGAAAGAAUUGGCGGUUAAAUCUGAUAUAAUAAUUACUAUGCUUCCAGAAGGGCAGCACGUCAGGACGGUUUAUCUGGGACCAGAUGGAGUAUGUUCUGGAGAGAUCGGAGCGAAAUUACUCAUCGAUUGCUCAACUAUCGAUACCGCUAGCUUUCUUGAGAUCAAAGAGCACAUUCAGAAAGUAUCCCCAUCUACUAAGCUCUAUGAUGCGCCCGUUAGCGGGGGGGUUAUUGGAGCCAAGAAGGGAACCGUGGCUUUUUUUCUGGGCUGCGCAGAAGACGAUCCGGGUGAAAUCCAGAGACUAUCCGAGCUAUUGUCCCUAAUGGGAAGCAAAGUCAUUCCGUGUGGCGGUCCGUCUUUUGGUCUUGCGGCGAAGCUGUCUAACAACUAUUUAUCGGGUAUCAUCGCCAUUGCAUGUUCGGAGGCCAUGGACAUGGGAAUGCGGUCCGGACUAGAUCCUCGUGUUCUUGCCAAAGUCUACGCUGCUGGGACAGCACAGAACACGAUUUGCGAUAAAUUCUGUCCAGUUCCUGGAGUUUCUCCCGAGGCUCCAUCUUCGAAUGGAUAUAAGAACGGCUUUAAAGUGCAGUUGAUGCGGAAGGAUAUCUCACUGGCACUGGAAAUGGCUCACGGAGUGAGUUCAAAGAACGUCCUAGGAAGUAUAGCCUUGGAAACUUAUGAAGGUGUCUGCGCGGAUUCAAGGUGCAAAGACUUAGAUUCUCGAGUUGUUUUUCGGUAUUUGGGUGGCAAUGAAGAGUGGAAAACCGAUCACCCAAAGUCGAGCUAA